GAGUGCCGCUCCGCCUGCGCUGCGGGGCCGCCGGCAGAUGCCAUGCUGCCUCAGAAGAGGGGACGGAUACCUUUCAGAAUAGCCAUGAACUGUUAUUGGAAGAUCCUGGCAAUUUUCUUACUGUUUCUUCCAAGUGCAUUGUCUUUCCAGCCCAGAGCAUUGCUAGUAUCUUUUGAUGGAUUUCGAUGGGAUUACAUCUAUAAAGUCUCAACUCCCAAUUUUCAUUAUGCCAUGGAGAAUGGUGUUCAUGUCAAACAGGUCACUAAUGUGUUUAUAACAAAAACGUAUCCUAAUCAUUAUACAAUGGUGACUGGUCUCUAUGCAGAAAGCCAUGGUAUAGUUGCUAAUGAGAUGUAUGAUCCUAUUCUGAAUGAAACUUUUUCUCUGAACAAAAUGGAUAUCCAUAACUCCAAGUUCUGGGAAGAAGCCAGCCCAAUAUGGGUGACGAACCAGAAAGAAGGACAUAAAACCGGUGCAGCUAUGUGGCCUGGAACAGAUGUGAAAAUACAUGGAGUCUUUCCUACAUAUUAUAUGCCCUACAAUGAAUCUGUUUCCUUUGAAGAUAGAGUUGCUAGGCUUAUUGACUGGUUUACAUCAGAAGAACCCAUAAACUUUGGUCUCCUGUAUUGGGAACAGCCUGAUGAGAUGGGCCAUAUUCUGGGCCCAGAAAACCCACUUAUGGGUCCGAUAAUUAGCGAUAUUGACAAAAAGCUGGGAUAUCUUAUGUCUGAACUGAAGAAAGCAAAGCUGUGGGAUGUGAUAAAUGUCAUAAUCACAAGUGAUCAUGGAAUGUCACAGUCCUCCUCAGAAAGGAUCAUUGAGCUUGAUCAGUACGUGAAUAGAGAGCUCUAUGAAGUCAUUGACCAUUCUCCUGCAGUAGCUAUUUUGCCAAAAGAAGGCAAACUGGAUGAAGUAUAUGAAGCUUUGGCCAGUGCUCAUCCCAACAUGACUGUAUAUAAAAAGGAACAGAUUCCGGAUAGAUUACAUUACAAACACAACAGUAAAAUUCAGCCAAUCUUAGCAGUAGCUGAUAAAGGAUGGGAAAUUGUAUAUAAUAAGUCUGAUGGUUUUCAAUUUGGUAAUCAUGGAUAUGACAACACCUUACCAGAAAUGCAUCCAAUUUUUUUGGCAGUUGGGCCUGCUUUCAGAAAGAAUGCCACCAAAGAAGUCAUGAAUGCUACAGACUUGUACCCCUUGCUGUGCCAUCUGCUUGGUAUUAACCCACUGCCAAACAAUGGUUCAUUCAACGCUGUGAAAGAUAUACUUGCUGAAGAAGUUCCUGUAGCCUUUGGAGCAGACACCUAUGCUACUGUUGUAGGAGUCUUUCUGGGCAGCUUUCUUGUUAUGGUUUUUAUUGCAGUUUUUGUUAAGCAUUUUAUCCUCACCCAAGCAAAUACCAUGCAAAUGCAACGUACUGAAGCAGCCCAGCCACUGUUGCAAGAUUAAUAAUGUUUGGUACUAUUUCCUAUUUGAUGCUUAAAAUAAGGUUAUACAAAAAAAAUUAAGAGGUGGAUCAGCAUAAAUAUGUGGACUAAAAGGAAAUGGAUGCUGAUCCAUUGGUACCAUGGUGUAUGUACGUACUAGGUAUGCAGAGAAAGAGCAUGUUUCUGUUUCACCCUACCACUGCUAAAUCCUUCAGAGGUUGAAAAUAUUCUAGGUAAACCCGGAAAGCUGUGUAUGUAGAUGUGUAGUGACAAUAGACCUUGAAUACCUCAUUCUGAGCUACUUUGGGGGAAAUAACGUCAACUGAGGUGCACUUCACAGACUAUUAUGUAGUGAUUUAAUUUUCCACCCCCUCUUCUUUUUUUUGAGAGGCUUUUUUAAAGUCUCUUACAUUCUAACAAGUCACUGAAUGUGAAUAGACUUCUUUGGGGUUUUUUUUUUUUUCUUCCUUGCCCAAGGAAACUUUUGCAUGGAUCACCAUUACAAUAGCUUGGUGGACUAAAUCCUGCAGAAAACAACAUUAUUAUUAAGCUAGGUCAUGCAGUGCUAAGUGUCUAAAUUUAGAGUUAGACACAUUUAUUUAAAGUACUGUGUUAACUGUAACCCCAAAAUAUGAAUCUAUGUGGUAUUGCCUUUAGUAAUUAGCAUUAAACUACUUGAUUUUUUUUAAGUUCUUUUUUUUUAGGUAAAUAUAGGUCUUCACAAUUUUAGGUAUGACUUUUGGUAAAUGUAGGUCUUUUUCUAUUGUUUCCUGUACACUGGACUAAAUUUUCUAGGAAUUCCAUGUAGCUAGCAGUUUAAAGACACAUACAAGCACAACACCUGUAUAUCCAAAUGGAGUCUUGUAUUUCCGAGGUAAGAGGGUUCUUUCAGAAUAAGGCAGAUGAAUCAGUUAAGGAACUUACAUGUACAAGCUGGUUUCAAGAGUGCUUGUCACUGGGUGUAACAUCUGACCCAUUGCUGGAGACUCUUCUCUAGUGUGAGACUUCUCUAGUACAAGUUUGGCUUGCUAUCUUGUGUUUCAUAUGAUAUGUCUGGGUGGACCUUAGAAUUUGGUGAGUAGGAUUAGGCACACAAUUUAAGGAACAGCCAUAUAAAUCCUAAGCCAUAUAUACUCUUAAAUCUGAAAAAGCACACUUUAAUAUGAAAAAAGGUGUAAGAUGGAGUUUGUUCUUCCAGAGGAAAG